AUGCUAAUUGAUGCAUUUACCUUUGUUUUCCUAGUGAUAUGCAGCUUUCGAGGAUCUGUCCCUCAAGGCUUGGUCUUAGAAAUAGGAGAAACGGUCCAGAUUCUUGAAAAAUGUGAAGGUUGGUACAGAGGAGUUUCAACAAAGAAGCCAAAUGUAAAGGGGAUCUUUCCUGCAAAUUACAUUCACUUGAAAAAGGCAAUUGUCAGUAAUAGGGGGCAGUAUGAAACUGUGGUUCCACUUGAAGAUUCUAUUGUGACUGAGGUUACAGCAACUCUGCAAGAAUGGGCCAGUCUGUGGAAACAACUCUAUGUGAAACACAAAGUAGAUCUUUUCUACAAGCUACGCCAUGUGAUGAAUGAACUUAUUGACCUUCGAAGGCAGCUACUGUCUGGUCACCUUACUCAGGAUCAGGUGCGGGAGGUUAAGCGGCAUAUCACCGUGCGCUUGGACUGGGGUAAUGAGCAUUUGGGCCUGGACUUGGUGCCCCGAAAGGACUUUGAAGUAGUGGAUUCAGACCAGAUUAGUGUCUCAGAUCUCUAUAAAAUGCACUUAUCCAGCCGGCAGAGUGUCCAGCAAAGCACAUCCCAGGUAGAUACAAUGCGCCCACGUCAUGGGGAUACCUGUCGGAUGCCAGUGCCACACCACUUCUUCCUCAGCCUGAAGAGUUUCACCUACAAUACCAUUGGGGAAGACACCGAUGUCUUCUUUUCCUUAUAUGAUAUGAGAGAAGGCAAGCAGAUCAGUGAGCGGUUUCUGGUGAGACUGAACAAGAAUGGUGGGCCAAGGAACCCAGAGAAGAUAGAACGAAUGUGUGCCCUUUUUACAGAUCUGAGCAGCAAAGAUAUGAAGAGAGAUUUAUAUAUAGUUGCCCAUGUGAUACGAAUAGGCCGGAUGCUCCUGAAUGAUUCAAAGAAAGGCCCUGCUCACCUGCACUACCGGCGACCAUAUGGCUGUGCGGUCCUAAGCAUCCUGGAUGUUCUACAGUCACUCACAGAAUUAAAGGAAGAAAAGGAUUUUGUUCUUAAGGUUUACACGUGCAACAAUGAGAGUGAGUGGUCCCAGAUCCAUGAGAAUAUCAUCCGCAAAUCCAGCGCCAAGUAUUCUGCCCCCAGCGCCAGCCAUGGUCUUAUCAUUUCUCUGCAGCUUCUUCGUGGAGACAUGGAACAGAUUAGGAGAGAAAACCCCAUGAUAUUUAAUAGGGGAUUGGCAAUUACAAGAAAAUUGGGAUUUCCUGAUGUCAUCAUGCCAGGCGAUAUCCGCAAUGACCUGUACCUAACCUUGGAGAAGGGGGAUUUCGAGAGAGGGGGAAAGAGUGUACAAAAGAAUAUUGAAGUGACCAUGUAUGUGCUUUACGCAGAUGGAGAAAUAUUGAAGGAUUGCAUAAGCUUGGGUUCAGGAGAGCCAAAUAGGAGCUCCUACCACUCCUUUGUCCUCUACCACAGCAAUAGUCCUCGCUGGGGAGAGAUUAUCAAAUUGCCCAUCCCCAUCGACCGGUUCCGGGGCUCCCACCUGCGCUUCGAGUUCAGACAUUGUUCCACAAAGGACAAAGGGGAAAAGAAACUCUUCGGCUUUGCAUUCUCACCCCUGAUGCGGGAUGAUGGCACCACUCUCUCAGAUGACAUCCAUGAGCUCUAUGUGUACAAGUGCGAUGAGAAUAGCACGUUUAACAACCAUGCUCUGUACCUGGGCUUGCCCUGCUGCAAAGAGGACUACAAUGGCUGCCCCAACAUCCCCUCCAGCCUCAUCUUCCAGCGCAGCACCAAAGAGUCUUUCUUCAUCUCCACACAGCUCUCCUCCACCAAACUCACCCAGAAUGUGGACCUCCUUGCUCUGCUGAAAUGGAAGGCUUUUCCAGACCGGAUCAUGGACAUCUUAGGGCGGCUGCGGCACGUCAGUGGGGAAGAAAUUGUUAAGUUUCUGCAAGACAUUUUAGAUACACUCUUUGUGAUUUUGGAUGAUAAUACAGAGAAAUAUGGCCUAUUGGUGUUUCAGUCUUUGGUAUUCAUCAUCAACCUGCUCAGAGACAUCAAGUAUUUCCACUUCCGGCCUGUAAUGGACACAUACAUCCAGAAACACUUUGCUGGAGCCCUGGCAUACAAGGAGCUCAUCCGCUGUUUGAAGUGGUACAUGGACUGCUCAGCAGAACUGAUUCGACAGGACCACAUUCAGGAAGCCAUGCGGGCCUUGGAGUACCUUUUCAAGUUUAUUGUGCAGUCAAGGAUCCUGUAUUCCCGAGCCACCUGCGGGAUGGAAGAGGAAGAGUUCCGGUCCAGCAUCCAAGAACUAUUCCAGUCCAUCCGGUUUGUGCUCAGUCUGGACAGCAGAAACUCAGAAACACUCCUUUUCACUCAGGCUGCACUCCUUAAUUCCUUCCCAACCAUCUUUGACGAGCUGCUGCAAAUGUUCACCGUGCAGGAGGUGGCAGAGUUUGUAAGAGGGACUCUGGGGAGCAUGCCCAGCACUGUGCACAUUGGGCAGUCAAUGGAUGUGGUGAAGCUACAGUCCAUCGCCAGGACUGUGGAUAGCCGUCUGUUUUCUUUCUCAGAAUCCCGCCGCAUCCUGCUUCCCGUGGUUCUCCAUCACAUUCACCUUCACCUGAGGCAGCAGAAAGAGCUGCUAAUCUGCUCAGGGAUUCUUGGCAGCAUCUUCUCCAUCGUCAAGACCAGCUCUCUGGAGGCAGAUGUCAUGGAGGAGGUAGAAAUGAUGGUGGAGAGCCUCCUGGACGUGCUCUUGCAGACUCUGCUCACCAUCAUGAGCAAAUCGCACGCUCAGGAGGCGGUAAGAGGGCAGCGGUGCCCGCAGUGCACAGCCGAGAUCACUGGUGAGUACGUGUCCUGCCUUCUCUCGCUGCUCCGCCAGAUGUGUGACACCCACUACCAGCACCUCCUGGACAACUUCCAGAGCAAAGAUGAACUCAAGGAAUUCCUGCUGAAGAUUUUCUGUGUGUUCCGGAACCUAAUGAAGAUGAGUGUCUUCCCUCGGGACUGGAUGGUGAUGAGACUUCUUACAAGCAAUAUUAUAGUCACUACUGUCCAGUACCUGUCUUCCGCACUGCACAAGAAUUUCACAGAGACAGACUUUGACUUUAAGGUGUGGAAUUCUUAUUUUAGCCUGGCAGUUCUGUUCAUAAAUCAGCCAAGCCUUCAGCUAGAAAUCAUCACUUCAGCCAAGAGGAAGAAGAUUCUAGAUAAGUAUGGGGACAUGCGUGUGAUGAUGGCUUAUGAACUGUUCAGCAUGUGGCAGAAUUUGGGUGAACAUAAGAUCCACUUUAUUCCGGGAAUGAUUGGUCCUUUUCUGGGUGUGACACUGGUCCCACAGCCGGAAGUGCGGAAUAUCAUGAUUCCCAUCUUUCAUGACAUGAUGGACUGGGAGCAGAGGAAAAAUGGCAACUUCAAACAGGUGGAGGCCGAGCUGAUUGACAAGCUGGACAGCAUGGUGUCAGAAGGGAAAGGCGACGAGAGCUACAGGGAGCUCUUCGGCCUGCUAACCCAGCUGUUUGGGCCCUACCCCAGCCUGCUGGAGAAGGUUGAACAAGAAACAUGGCGUGAAACCGGCAUUUCCUUUGUGACCUCAGUCACCCGCCUCAUGGAACGCCUUCUUGACUACAGGGACUGCAUGAAAGGAGAGGAAACAGAGAAUAAGAAGAUCGGCUGUACUGUUAACCUGAUGAACUUUUACAAAUCUGAGAUUAACAAAGAAGAGAUGUAUAUCCGCUACAUCCAUAAGCUUUGUGAUAUGCAUUUGCAGGCUGAAAACUACACAGAGGCCGCAUUCACUCUGCUUCUCUACUGUGAGCUGCUGCAGUGGGAGGAACGGCCGCUGCGGGAAUUUCUCCACUACCCAUCCCAGACAGAGUGGCAGCGGAAAGAGGGACUGUGCCGCAAGAUCAUCCACUACUUCAACAAAGGCAAGAGCUGGGAGUUUGGGAUCCCAUUGUGCAGGGAGCUGGCGUGUCAGUACGAGAGUCUCUACGAUUAUCAGAGCCUCAGCUGGAUUCGGAAAAUGGAGGCCAGCUACUAUGACAACAUCAUGGAGCAGCAACGCCUGGAGCCUGAGUUCUUUCGGGUCGGCUUCUAUGGCAGGAAGUUUCCUUUCUUCCUUCGGAACAAAGAAUACGUGUGCCGGGGCCAUGACUACGAGAGGCUGGAGGCCUUCCAGCAGAGGAUGCUCAGCGAGUUCCCACAGGCCGUUGCCAUGCAGCAUCCCAACCACCCUGACGAUGCCAUCCUGCAGUGUGACGCCCAGUACUUGCAGAUCUAUGCGGUGACGCCCAUCCCAGAUUAUGUGGAUGUCCUGCAGAUGGAUAGGGUGCCGGAUCGCGUCAAGAGCUUCUACCGUGUCAACAAUGUGAGGAAGUUCCGGUACGACAGGCCUUUUCACAAAGGCCCCAAGGACAAGGAGAAUGAAUUCAAGAGCCUGUGGAUCGAGCGCACCACAUUGACCCUCACCCACAGCUUGCCCGGCAUCUCUCGGUGGUUCGAAGUGGAGAGGAGGGAACUGGUGGAGGUGAGCCCUCUGGAGAAUGCCAUCCAAGUGGUUGAGAAUAAGAACCAGGAGCUACGGGCCCUGAUCAGCCAGUAUCAACACAAACAGGUGCACGGCAACAUCAACCUGCUCAGCAUGUGCCUGAACGGCGUCAUCGAUGCAGCUGUCAAUGGGGGCAUUGCACGCUACCAAGAGGCCUUCUUUGAUAAAGAUUAUAUCACCAAGCACCCGGGAGACGCAGAGAAAAUCACCCAGCUCAAGGAGCUCAUGCAGGAGCAGGUCCAUGUCCUUGGAGUCGGGCUGGCAGUUCAUGAGAAGUUUGUGCACCCGGAGAUGCGGCCUCUGCAUAAGAAGCUGAUUGAUCAGUUCCAGAUGAUGCGGGCCAGCCUCUACCAUGAGUUUCCGGGUUUGGACAAGCUAAGUCCUGCAUGUUCAGGCACCAGCACCCCACGGGGAAAUGUCCUAGCGUCCCAUAGUCCCAUGAGCCCUGAGAGCAUCAAGAUGACCCACCGGCACAGCCCCAUGAACUUGAUGGGCACAGGCCGCCAUUCAUCAUCCUCUCUCUCCUCACACGCAUCUAGUGAAGCGGGAAAUGUGGUGAUGAUGGGGGACAGCUCCAUGGGCGAGGCUCCCGAGGACCUCUACCACCAUAUGCAGCUCGUGUAUCCCAACCCCAGGUACCAGGGCUCAGUCACCAACGUCUCUGUUCUGUCCUCGUCCCAGGCAAGCCCUUCUUCCUCCAGCCUGAGUUCCACUCACUCAGCACCAUCCCAGAUGAUUACCUCUGCCCCUUCCAGUGCCCGAGGCUCUCCCUCUCUGCCAGAUAAGUACCGCCACGCCCGGGAAAUGAUGUUGCUGCUGCCUGCGCACCGGGACCGCCCAAGCAGUGCCAUGUACCCAGCAGCCAUCCUGGAGAACGGACAGCUGCCAAAUUUCCAGCGGGCCCUGUUCCAGCAAGUGGUCGGAUCCUGCAAACCCUGCAGUGAUCCCAAUCUGUCUGUGGCUGAAAAAGGUCAUUACUCCCUACACUUCGACGCCUUCCACCACCCUCUGGGUGACACCCCCCCGGCCCUGCCUGCCCGGACUCUGCGCAAGUCUCCUCUCCACCCUAUCCCGGCCUCCCCAACAAGCCCCCAGUCGGGUCUGGAUGGCAGCAACUCCACGCUGUCGGGCAGCGCGAGCAGCGGCGUGUCCUCCCUGAGCGAGAGUAACUUUGGGCACUCCUCGGAGGCCCCGCCCCGAACCGACACCAUGGACUCCAUGCCAAGCCAGGCCUGGAACGCCGAUGAAGAUCUCGAGCCGCCCUACCUCCCUGUCCACUACAGCCUCUCCGAGUCCGCCGUCCUGGACUCCAUCAAGGCCCAGCCAUGCCGAAGCCACUCAGCCCCGGGGUGCGUCAUCCCUCAGGACCCCAUGGACCCGCCUGCGCUGCCGCCCAAGCCCUACCACAGCCGCCUGCCGGCCCUGGAGCACGAGGAGGGCGUGCUGCUACGUGAAGACGCCGACAGGCCUCGGGGCCUGCACCGCAAGGCCUCGCUGCCUCCUGGGAGCGCCAAGGAAGAGCAGGCCCGCCUGGCCUGGGAGCACGGCCGAGGGGAGCAGUGA